AUGUUGCCCUUGUCGGUCACGCCGACUUUGGCGCCCGACGAAGCCGACGACACCGCGAUUUGUGCGCGCAAAUCGCUCGCGGGAACCUCGCGGCGCGAAUAUCGACCCGAAACAUCGCCUCCCGCGGCUCGUGACCGCCGGGGUCGCCUCCGCUGCGAUGGACCGGGAACGGGGUGGGGAUCCUGCGGCGGUCGGUCGUCUUCGUCGCGAUUCCAUUCGCGCUGGACGCGCGCGUCGCUCGUCGUCCUGGCGCUCCUGGCGUUGAUCGUCGCGCCGGGGACGCGCUUCGCGGCCGCGACAGGCCCGGAGUCCGAUCUCGCGCCCGUCAGGGGCCUUCGUAGACUGGCGCAGACGACGAACGUUGGUGGUGUCGAGUACCUGCAACGCGCCAAGCUGAACGCGACCGACGGCGCUGAGGAUGACCAGUUCGGCAAAAGCGUGUCGAUCGACGGCGACACGAUGGUGAUCGGGGCUUAUUUUGACGACGACAAGGGAGACAUCAGCGGAUCCGCGUACGUGUUCACGCGCAACACACCCGGCGAUCUCGCCUCCGGCUGGACGCAGGUUGCCAAGCUGACCGCGGCCGACGGCGCUGCGAAUGACCAGUUCGGCCGGAGCGUGUCGAUUGACGGCGACACGGUGGUGAUCGGGGCUUAUAUUGACGACGACGAUGGAACCAGCAGCGGGUCGGCGUACGUGUUCACGCGCGUCACGGCCGGCGACCUCGCCUCCGGCUGGGCGCAGGUUGCCAAGCUGACCGCGGGGGACGGCGCUGCGGGUGACUGGUUCGGCUCCAGCGUGUCGAUUGACAGCGACACGGUGGUGAUCGGGGCGUAUGGGGACGACGACGAUGGAUCCGGCAGCGGGUCCGCGUACGUGUUCGCGCGCGACACGACCGGCGACCUCGCCUCCAACUGGACGCAGGUUGCAAAACUGACCCUGAACGUAUAUGCUGAGUUUGACUACUUCGGCUACAGCGUGUCGAUCGACGGCGACACGGUGGUGAUCGGGGCGUAUAGGGACGACGACAAAGGAACCAACAGCGGGUCCGCGUACGUGUUCACGCGCGACACGACCGGCGACCUCGCCUCCAACUGGACGCAGGUUGCCAAGCUGACCGCGGUGGACGACGACGCUAUUUAUGCCCACGACCACUUCGGCUACAGCGUGUCGAUCGACGGCGACACGGUGGUGAUCGGGGCGUAUCAGGACGACGACAAGGGAUCCAACAGCGGGUCCGCGUACGUGUUUACGCGCGUCACGGCAGGCGACCUCGCCUCCCGCUGGACGCAGGUUGCCAAGCUGACCGCGGGGGACGACGGCGCUGGGGAAGACAACUUCGGCCGGAGCGUUUCGAUUGACGGCGACACGGUGGUGAUCGGGGCACAGUAUGACGACGACAAGGGACCCGGCAGCGGGUCCGCGUACGUGUUCAGGCGCGACACGCCCGGUUACCUCGCCUCCGGCUGGGCGCAGGUUGCCAAGCUGACUGCGGAUGACGGCGCUGGGGGUGACAACUUCGGCUUGAGCGUGUCGAUUGACGGUGACACCAUCGCGAUCGGGGCGAUUGGGGACGACGACAAGGGAUCCGCCAGCGGGUCAGCGCACGUGUUCUCCGCAUACUUUUUUCCUUGCGACGCGUCUUCACCCCCAGCCAACGGCGCCGUCGGCGACUGCACCUCAGUGCUCGAGAGCGGGUCCACGUGCCAGCCCACGUGCGACCAGGGGUACGCCGUUUCCGGGCCCAGCGUGUGCGAUGACGGCUAUUUUUUGCCCGCGGUCUGUAACAUGUUUCCGCAGCUCGCUAAGCUGACCGCGGACGACGGCGCGGCGGAUGACCGAUUCGGCAACAGCGUGUCGAUCGACGGCGACACGAUGGUCAUCGGGGCACAGCAUGACGACGAUAAGGGAGACAGGAGCGGGUCCGCGUACGUGUUCACCCGCGACACACCCUCCAACUGGGCGAAGGUUGCCAAGCUGACCGCGGGCGACGGCGCUGCGAGUGACUACUUCGGCAACAGCGUGUCGAUCAAUGGCGACACGAUGGUCAUCGGGGCACAGUAUGACGACGACAAGGGAGAUAACAGCGGGUCGGCGUACGUGUUCACGCGCGACAAACCCGGCGACCUCGCCUCCGGCUGGACGCAGGUUGCCAAGCUGACCGCGGACGACGGCGCUGCGAGUGACAGGUUCGGCCGGAGCGUGUCGAUCGACGGCGACACGGUGGUGAUCGGGGCAUCGCAUGACCGAUUCGGGUCCGCGACCAUGGGGUCCGCGUACGUAUUCACGCGCAACACGGCCGGCAACCUCGCCUCCGGCUGGACGCAGGUUAACAAGCUGACCGCGAGCGACCGCGCUAAGGAUGACUGGUUCGGCUCCAGCGUGUCGAUCGACGGCGACACGGUGGUGAUCGGGGCGGAUGGGGACGACGACGAUGGAUCCAGCAGCGGGUCGGCGUACGUGUUCACGCGCGACACACCCGGCGACCUCGCCUCCCGCUGGACGCAGGUUGCCAAGCUGACCGCGGACGACGGCGCUAAUGGUGACUGGUUCGGCGGGAGCGUGUCGAUCGACGGUGACACGGUGGUGAUAGGGGCGCAUGGGGACGACGACAAGGGAACCGACAGCGGGUCCGCGUACGUGUUCAGGCGCAUCACGACCGGCGAACUCACCUCCGGCUGGACGCAGGUUGCCAAGCUGACCGCGGUGGACGACGGCGCUGCGAGUGACUGGUUCGGCGGGAGCGUGUCGAUUGACGGCGACACGAUGGUGAUCGGGGCGAUUGGGGACGACGACAAGGGACCCGGCAGCGGGUCCGCGUACGUGUUCAGGCGCAUCACGGCCGGUGACACCACCUCCGGCUGGACGCAGGUUGACAAGCUGACCGCGGUGAAUGACGGUGCUGCCGAUGACUGGUUCGGCGGGAGCGUGUCGAUUGACGGCGACACGAUGGUGAUCGGGGCGAUUGGGGACGACGACAAGGGAUUCCUCAGCGGGUCCGCGUACGUGUUCUCCAAAUACGUUCCUCCUUGCGACGCGUCAUCACCCCCAGCCAACGGCACCGUCGGCGACUGCACCUCAGAGCUCGCGAGCGGGUCCACGUGCCAGCCCACGUGCGACCAGGGAUACGCCGUGUCCGGGCCCAGCGUGUGCGAGAACAGCGUCCUGUCGCCCGCGAUCUGCAUCCCUUUUUGCAACGCGUCCACGCCCCCAGCCAACGGCGCCGUCGGCAACUGCACGGACCAGCUCUUGAGCGGCACCGCGUGUCAGCCCGCGUGCGACCCGGGGUAUUUCGCACCCGAACCCAGCGUUUGCGAUGACGGCAUCCUCACGCCCGCGGUCUGCGUCAGGUACUGCGACGCAUCCGCGCCGCCCGCCAACGGCGGAGUGGGCGACUGCGUGGAGUACCUGUCGAGCGGUACGACGUGCCAGCCCACGUGCGACGAGGGAUACAUCGUGUCCGGGAAGACGUCGUGCGACGCCGCGGGCACGCUGACGGCGGCGGACUGCAGGGAGCUCAGCUGCUGCGAGCAAACGUUCGCUAAGUUCGGGUUUGGAGUGGCGUACAGCUACGGCGACGAGCUGUGA